AUGGCUUCCUGUAGCCUAGGAGUUCCUAAAAUAAAAAUCUCAGCUGUGGACCUCAGUAGAGUAAGAUCUGGAAGCUUACAGAUUCCGUGCAAUCAAAGAUCAGUGAUUGGUCAAAGGCCGGUUAAGUAUUUGAGUCUGAGGACAACUCUUGGAUCUUUGAAAGCUGUCCAAGUGUCUACUGUCACACCUGCUGAAACAGCAGAAGUAGAAGAUGCUGAAAAGACCAAGUCAUCUCCGUUGAAUGCUCAGCUCGUUCCCAAGCCCUCUGAGGUGGAAGCUCUUGUCACUGAAAUAUGCGAUUCCUCAUCAAUUGCAGAGUUUGAAUUGAAACUGGGGGGUUUCCGCCUAUAUGUAGCAAGGAACCUAUCCGACAAAAGUAGUCAACCUCAGCAAUUUCCUGCUGUGGUUGCUGCAAAUACAACUACCGAGAAUCUUGAUUCGAAUGGCUCAGCUUCCUCUACUUCAUUGGCUAUCACAAAACCAGCAUCUUCAGCUGCUGAUCAGGGUUUAAUGAUUCUCCGAUCUCCAAAAGUAGGGUUCUUCAGGAGAUCCAAAACCAUAAAGGGUAAACGCACUCCUUCGUCCUGUAAAGAGAAAGAUCAAGUGAAAGAAGGUCAGAUUCUGUGCUACAUUGAACAACUCGGUGGCCAAUUCCCGAUCGAGUCUGAUGUUACCGGCGAGGUUGUCAAAAUACUCCGAGAGGAUGGCGAGCCUGUAGGAUACAACGAUGCUCUCAUCUCGAUCCUUCCCUCCUUCCCUGGGAUCAAGAAGCUCCAUUAA